UUCCAAUGUUUGGGACCCUCCAGAUGAGUACUGAACAGAAGUUCUUAUAAUACAUCCAGGAGGUAGAAGAGUUAUUAUUACAAAAGUAGGAACAAGUUGAAUAAAUGUGAACCACCGAAGAAGAGCAAUAAGAUAGCCGCCAUGACUAUAGUAAUUGGAUUUGAGGGAAGUGCCAAUAAGAUUGGCAUUGGAAUCAUCAGGGAUGGUGAAGUGCUGUCCAACCCGAGACGGACCUACAUUACCCCCCCUGGUCAAGGUUUCUUGCCGAGUGACACCGCCAGGCACCACCGUGCUGUCAUUCUGACGGUCCUGAAGGAGGCGCUGGAGCAAGCAGGGCUGAAGCCUGCAGACAUCGACUGUGUGGCGUUCACCAAAGGUCCUGGUAUGGGCUCUCCCUUGGUGACGGUGGCUCUGGUGGCUCGUACAGUUGCCCAGCUGUGGGGGAAGCCGCUGCUCGGUGUGAACCACUGCAUUGGACACAUUGAGAUGGGCCGACUCAUCACACAAGCCGACAACCCUACCGUGCUUUACGUCAGUGGAGGAAACACACAGGUUAUUGCAUACUCUGAGCGGCGAUACAGAAUCUUUGGGGAGACCAUCGACAUCGCAGUUGGCAACUGCCUGGACAGGUUUGCUAGAGUUAUAAAGAUUUCCAAUGACCCCAGUCCAGGAUACAACAUCGAGCAGAUGGCUAAAAAAGGGAGUCAGUAUGUGGAGCUACCAUAUACGGUAAAAGGAAUGGACGUCUCAUUUUCUGGGAUUACCUCUUACAUUGAGGAAGCUGCUCACAAGAUGAUCAGCUCGGGUCAGUGUUCAGCAGAGGACCUGUGCUUCUCCCUGCAGGAGACGGUGUUCUCCAUGCUGGUGGAGAUCACAGAGAGGGCCAUGGCUCACUGCGGCUCCGGAGAGGUCCUGAUAGUGGGGGGCGUUGGCUGUAACCUGCGUCUGCAGGAGAUGAUGGGGGUGAUGUGUAAGGAGAGAAAUGCCAAGCUUUUUGCCACAGAUGAACGGUUCUGCAUUGACAACGGAGCGAUGAUUGCUCAAGCUGGCUGGGAGAUGUUUAGGUCCGGUCAGGUGACGGAGCUAGAAGACUCGUGGAUUACACAAAGGUACAGAACAGAUGAAGUGGAGGUGACAUGGAGAGACUGAGCGACAUCUUGGUGCUACACACGCUGCUGCAGCAGGAAAACACACAGCUAAGCAGUUUGAUUAAAAGGCAGGUCCACUUGCCAUGAAGAACACCCCAGUUUCUUUUUAUGUUCAGUUAUGUUCCACUUGUAAUUGUCAAAGAGGAACAUAUGUUGUUUUUUACUUUGCCAUUAUGUACAGCAAUAAAUCUGACCUUUUAAAUAAAUACAAAAAGAGUAGAAAA